CAGUGGACUCCUUGCUUUCUAAACUCAGUUUGGAGUGGCUGGAUCCAUUCUUAGUCUCAGGCUUGGUCAAUAGUAUAUAUCUAAUGGAAUUAUCCAUACAGUGUUUGUAAUAAUAUGGGGUGGAUGGAUUAGUAAUGUUUCGUAAUACUAAUGCAACAUCCUCUGUCACCUGCUGAGGAUCUGUCAUGAGUAAGGAAUCUUUCCACCUUGGGUAAGGAAGGAUCUCUUAGUUUCAGGUAAGGAAUUUCUAACCCUGAGAGGCAUCCCUGCUCAAGGGGUCACCUGGCAUCCAGGUAAGCUGCAGUUCAGGCAGAGCUCAAAUCAGGCCCAUCCUGAUGGCAAUAUUUAUAGGGUGAAGUAGUUGGCUGCUGGCCAAUGGUAUAGACAAGACAAAUGUCCUUAUCUUAGUGCUGAUAUCUUGUUCUGGACUUUGGUUAUCUUGCUCUUCUGAUGGUUAUGAAGAAAAAAAAAUUUCAAGACACAUCUACUCCCUUGGACCAGGCACUUUCUAGCUUGCAAGUUUCUCCUGAGGAUUUGGGGCUGGUUGCUCAGCCUGAAAGUACAACUAAAAGGUACAGUUUGGCUGUUGGUCCUCCCAAAAAAGUUCCCAAAGUCAAAGGUGUAGAGUCUGCAGCAGUGCAAGCAUUUCUCAGACGGCAAGAAGAAGAAAAGAGAAAAAAAGCACUGGAAGAAAGAAGGAAGAAAGAGCAGCUCUUGGCGAGGCGUAUUGAACUGAAACAUGACAGAAAGGCAAGAGCUAUGGCCUCACGAACAAAGGAUAACUUUUAUGGUUAUAAUGGUGUUCCUGUUGAAGAGAAGUCUAAAAAGAGGAGGGCUUGUGAGAAUGUUGCUCAGGCCCCAGAGGCUGAGUAUGCAACAGAAGAUGAAACUGAGCAACUUGAAUACAGUCAGACAGAAUCUGAGCAUGAGCAAGAAGAAUAUGAAGAGAAACCAUCCAAAGCUGCAGUGAAACCAAAGGCACCUCCCAAAAGUGCACCUGCACCUCUGAACUUUGCAGAGCUCUUGAGGCUUGCUGAAAAGAAACAACAUGAACCAGUGGAAAUAAAACCAGUGAAAAAGGUAGAAGAGAGGCCCAGAACAGCAGAAGAAUUGAGAGAGAGGGAGUUGUUGGGACGCAAAAACAAAAAAGUAGAAAUGCAUAAGAAAAGUGAGAAGGAGAUUAAGCCUACAGGGAUAUCCAGUUCUUCAAAAAAACUGUCUUCUCAAAAAGCAUCUGUAAACACAAAACUUAAUAAAAGCUCUGUAGAUAAACAUUCCACAUCUAAAAGCAGUCUGUCUCUUUCUAUGGGUAGUAUUGAUAAGAAAUCCAAAGCACCAGCAUUGACUGAAAAACACCCACGGUCAUCAUCUUCUUCCAGACUCGAUCAAAUGGAAAAAACCUCACAAAAUGGUUCCUUAAAAAGCUCUACUGGUAGCAGUCAUAAUAAAUUACCUGUCAAUGGUAUUAGAAAGUCUGGCUCAAGCUCUCAGGUGCCACCCUCAAAACCCACGGCCAAUGGGGCUCAGAGAAUGCCAUCUGUGAAAGAAUCCAGCCUGAAAAAGCCUGCCCAUGCAAAACCAGGAAAACCUGCAGCUCUUCAACAUGGAAUCAACUCCAAUGCAAAGCGAUCUGGCAGCAGCUUAGGAAAAGGAGGACCUGGACAUCCCGGUGGCGGUUCAAGUGCAGGACCGGGACGAUCAAGCAGCAAUUCUGGCGUGGGACCGGGAAGGCCAGGAAGUGGUUUAAGCUCAGGACCUGGGCGCCUGGGCAGCAGCUCAGCCACAGGACCUGGGAGGCCUGGCAGCAGCUCAAGCACAGGACCUGGGCGACCAGGAGGUGGCUCAGGCGUGGGACCGGGAAGGCCGACGGGCAGCUCGAGCACGGGACCUGGGCGACCGGGCAGCGCCUCAGGUGUGGGACUUAAGCGACCGGGCGGCAGCUUGGCCACUGGACCGGGAAGGCCGGGCAGCAGCACAAAUGUAGGACCAGGGCGACCGGGCAGCAGCCUGGGAACAGGACCAGGAAGGCCAGGAAUCAGUCCAAGCACAGGGGCCAGGCAGCCAGGCAGCAGCUUGGGCACUGGCCCAGGGAGGCCGGGCAUCAGCACAAGCGCAGGAGCUGCGCGACCAGGCGGCGGCCCGGGCGCAGCUGGGAAACCCAAGUGUACUGUCGUAUCAGAAACCAUUUCUUCUAAAAACCUCAUCACAAGACCUAGCAAUGGACAGAUGAAUGGAAUGAGACCUUUUCCAGGGCAUAGACCUGUGCUUCAUCCACAAGGUCUUGGAAGACCACCUAUUAGUUACAAGAGACAAAUAGAAGAUGAUGAUGAUGAUGAAUAUGACUCUGAAAUGGAUGAUUUCAUUGAAGAUGAAGGGGAAUCUCAAGAAGAAAUAUCAAAACAUAUUCGGGAAAUAUUUGGCUAUGACCGGAAAAGGUACAAAGAUGAAAGUGAUUAUGCCUUACGUUAUAUGGAGAGCAGCUGGAGAGAGCAACAGAAAGAAGAAGCUAGGAGCUUGAGACUCGGUGUUCAGGAAGACUUGGAAGAGCUGAGACGGGAAGAAGAAGAGCUGAAACGCAAGAGACAGUCUAAGAAGCUGAGGACGCGUUAACUGACUUACGGUGUUGACUUUGUUCAUGUUUCUGCUCCCCUCUGCCUCCAUACAUCUCCUAUUCUACUUCAGUUUCCAUUUGCUUGUUAGCGGGCAAAAGAAUAUUUAAAGGGAUUAAAGUACUGAAAAGCAAGGCUUUAGCUUGACUUAAAUAAGAUAUUUAUUUUUAAUACUUGCCAGGGUUGUUUUUUAAUGAAGAAAUUAAUGCACUAAUGCAUAUUAAAUGGAAUAAAAUUAAUAGAUUUUUCCAUUGAUUAAACCAGUUCAAGAUGCCAGCAGAAAUAUUGACUAGCUAUGCACUGACUUGGAACUGUGUGGGCCACGUACCAGUAAACCAAUUUUGCAUUCACUUGAAAGAAAGGAACAGCAUUCUUGUUCCCUGAUAUUUCUUGAGACUUGGAGAGAUUGCUCUGUAUCCUGCCCCAUCUCCCAACCUGAGCCUCAAAGUGUUAAAAUGUCAUCUUCUGCACAGCAGUAGCUUGGGUGUAAAUCCAACCACAGCCCACAGGUGUUUAAGGCAAUAAAGUGCUGCAGAUCUUUAGAUUUGAGGACCCAUAAAAAUAAUUUGAACUUCUUUAUUUCUAAACAGAAAAGUGCAUGUCAUUUGCAAACCAUGCAGUGAUGGAUAUAGCCAAAAGAUUGUUGGCUUUUGCUGUGUCUGGAAUUCCAGUGCCAGUCUAAUUCAGUAUGAAAAACACACACCCUGAAAACAGAAAUUUCUAGUGUUUGUAUGUAACCUGUGCUUUUGAGCUCAAGCAUAUGCUUGGGAAUUCUUCUCCUGCCCUGUAAAUUUUCAGAUUUGUUUAACAGCUUCUGCUGCUUUACAGACUGUGUUUUUUCUUGCAUUAAACAUCUGAUGGUUAAAUUAUUUAAAAUGUGAAGCAGUCAUUUAUCUGAUUAGUUUUACUGUUCAGAAAGAACAUCAGAAUUAAGUUCUGUUAGAAUGCAUUUGCAGCUUUUCAGUAUUAACAUCAUGUUAACUAGUUAAUACUUGUGAUUGAUUUCAGCAAGCCAAAAACCUAAAAUAAUAUGUAUAUCAGGAGCCUUAGUUCAGUUACUUACCUUAAUGCCCAUAUUUGCACAUUAUUUUUAACUAUGCAUUUUAAAGACUGUUUGUUUCAGUAACUGAAUUUGUUUACAAUCAGCACAGGGCUCAUGUAAGUCGACAGAAGUUGCACUGAGACCUGAAGGUCAAAUCUGGUGUUGCAUCUACUUGGGUUUCCCCAAGUUGCCCUUCAAAGCUCACCAGUGUCACUACUCAGCUUUGCCUCAAGCUCCAGGACUCCAUUGGUAGCAUCUGCCUUCAGCUGCUUCAGGCCAUUAUGUUUUAAUGCUAGAAAUAGGUUAAGAAAUAGAAAAAGGGCUUUGGGCAUUGGUUGGGGGUGGGGAAAAAAGAAAAAUUACCUUGUGGAGAAACAACAAAGGAACCUUUCCUCUUGGGGCUAUUCUUAACACUGCUGCUUCUAGGAAGCAGUUCAGAUAGCAACUGUAAGGAGCAGUCUUGGAAGCUGCUGAAUUUUAAACAUCUGAUUCUUAAUGUAAGAAAAAACAGCUUUGCCUUUUUUAGAUGUUUUCUGUCAAUGGUGUACCACUUCACUGCCUCAGCAAAAUACUGAUGUAAGUUACUGGUAUAGAUUCUCUAGACUAUCUCAGUAUUGGCUAAUAUGGAGCCCAGGUGAGGAUACCAUUGUUGCUCUAACUUUCUCUAUUAACUAACAAAACCUGUUUCUCAGUGUAUGCUCUUGAGACCAUGCAAGAUAGUGUAGCCUCACUGUCUAGAAGUGUGUUGUAUUCUCUGCUGCAUUGGGACCAUCUCAAAUUUCCUGUUGGAGAUUUCCUGGCUUCUAGAAUUACCCAUUCGGGACAAUAGGCUUUGGGACCAUGAUCAAGUUCUGGGUUUGUACUUUUUUAUUCUUUUUAGCUGGAGAAAGACUCGAGGUCCAUCAACCCAGACAGCUAUAUCAUCUGUGAGCAACUUCCUACCUGGCUGGGGAGAAAAAAGUCUCUUAUGAAGCAAAAGAAAUAUAUUAAGUUGAAAUUGGUUCAGUUGGGAAAGAAAUCCGUAUUUCAGACAAAUGCAGGUUUUUUAAGUAAAAUCUGAUUAUUUCACCACUUUCUGAUUAUUUAACCAUGCAAGAUCAGUUAAACAUGUUAAUCUGUAAAGCACUUUGUCAUGUAGAUGGUGACUGGAAUGUACUCUGCUAGCCUCCCUAAGACACUGCAUAACUUUCUUCACACAGUGAUCAUUGCUUAAGUUUUGUCUAUUCCAUCUGAAAAAUUAUUCAAGGACACAUUUGUAAUUUUACAGUCAAGAAGUACUUUCUCAUAAUUGGCAUGGGAUGCUGAUGGGUUUCCUAUUUUGUACAAAUGUUUGGCUUUUAAUGUGCUUGCAUAUUUGUGGCAUAUUUGUAUGUCAGCUAGGAAGGAACUAAACUAGUUUUUUAAUUCCUGACCUUGUAUCCAAAAACCUGUUUACUGUUUGCCAGAUUAAUAGUAUUUAUCUAAUGACAGUAUUUCAGUACUUCCAAAGUGCAUCUGAAUUUGAGAUGAAGAAAAACUGGAAGAAUGCUUACAUUGGUUUAUCAGGAUUGGAUGUUCAGCUAAUGAUUUAAUUGUAUUUAAGGAAAUUCUGGUUUGGUUUUAGAUUUUUAAUUCACCGUUUGACAAUGUGCCUUUUUACUAAAUUGUGUCAAAAAAUAAUGAAUGUAGGAGGAUAAAAAGGUUGGUUUCUGCUAUCUCAGAUUCUAUAUCCUUAAACUUGAGAGUGUGAAAUGACGUACUUUUCAUAAAACCCUUCCAGGUCUGGCUUUGAUUGCACAAUUAAGGUAGCUACUUCUUUACUGCUAAUGCUAAAUCAAAUGAAGGGCACUUUCUAUUGAUGACUACUUUUUGAAAAUGUCUUGUAUUUACACUUGAGCUGUAUUUCACUUUACAGCGAUGUCUUUUGGAGGCCAGGGUUUUGCAUAUCACAGGAAGCCUUAGUGUGCAACUCUGUGCUGUGCUUUAAAAUAAAAAUCUUUCAAGAAGUAUAUGAGAUCUCUAUGGAAAUCUGGAUUUAUUUUUGUGUAAAGCCCAAAAUAUUGUCCAGGAAAACUAAUUUUCUAUUUUUUUUUUUGCAUUUUGUAACAUAAUCUAGUAGCUGAUACAUAUUUCUAGAUAUAGCAUAUUUCUGGAGACCAAAACAUGUCAGAAAAUAAAUAUAUGGAGAGACUGGUGUUUAAAUUGUGAUGAAUGUACUUCUAUUUAUUUUGGUGAGUGGGUGUGACGCAAUAUUAAAGUGUUAGUGUGUAAAUAAGGGUGCUUCUAGUUUUAGCCAAUGAUUUUUUUUCCUUUGGGGAUAUCAUGUGUGCACAGUGUCUUUUUACACAAUGUGACAAAUCAGGUUAAAAACUCGUACAUAGCUUACCUGCUCUCGGGUGCUGUCAAGGAAGUGUAUACUUUAGCACACACCAAAUGCAUAUACAUUUUGCCGAGUAUGUGUACAAUAAAUUACAGGCAUUAAACAUUUUA